AGUCAUGUUUGUCUCUCCAUCUGCUGUGUUUGGUACCCAAAUCGACGCAUUUGGUACGCGACACCAAGAUCUCUAUUUUUUAAGAUGAAUAAUGGCAUAAGGCAUGGUGACAAAUAGACCUCCCGCCCUCUUUCUCUCUUAUUUCUCUCGUUCUCCGUGCUCUCCGUUUCCUUUUUCGGUUUCUUUUUUUAUGGCCCAAUUUGAAAAAGAAAUAAAACUAGAGAUUGGAAAAUGGUUUUGGGCGUAGGCGGAGGAGGCCGGGGCUCCUCCUCUCCUCCCCCGUAAAACCUAAAAUCUCGAGGAAUCAGCGACAUUCCCGCUGUAAAACCCUAAACGCUUGCCUGUCAUAUCGCCACUGCCUUCUUCUCUUUCUCCUUCGUUUGAUGAAACUCUUGAUCCCAGGCUCCAUCAAGAACGCGUUAAAGAAGGGUUUUUUCAUCCAGCAUUGUCGCCAUACGGGGUUUUUGCCUCCGUGAGCCGUUUGGCAGAUUCUUGGGUUCUCAAUUUUGUGUCUUUUGGCUAAUCUGAAGGGUUCCUUGAGAGGUUUUGGCUUCCAAUGGAUACUUGGACCAGUGAUAGCGAUGAGGAUUUUGAAUGGGGUAGUGACAAUGAAGUCGUGGAUGAGGGCACAAGGCACAACUCUCUGCCGCCUUCUGGCCCAAGUGACCCGCCGAUUCGUAUCCAUGAAGCCAUGACAGGCCCAUCAAAGAAGGCUUGUGAGGAGGGCCCUUCUCGUCCUAGUCUGGUCUGCUAUUUUAUGGGGAUGGGAUUUGAAGAAGAAAUGGUGGCUAAAGCAAUGGAAAAAAAUGGGGAAGGAGAUACAGAAGCUAUACUGGAGACACUGCUUACCUAUAAAGCUAUUGACAAAGCUCCUUCAGACUAUGCAAAUUCACCUAAUGGUUGUUCUUUAACAAGUGAUAAGGACAAUACAGAUGAUGAUCUUUCUGACAUGGAUGAUUUUCAAGAUGAGGAAUUCACAGAAGAUUUGUCUGAGAAGGAUCGGAAAUUGUUGAUUUUGGUGGAGAUGGGCUUCCCCACAGAUGAGGCAUCUUCAGCCAUAAAGAGAUGUGGCCCGAAUGCAUCUGUUUUGGAGCUAGCAGAUUCCAUACAUGCUGCGCAGAUGGCAGAAGAACCUAAUUGUCAUUUAGGAGAAUCUCCUUUUUCAAGUUCUGCUGAAGAAGUGAGAGGUAAAAAAAGGAGGUCUACAGAGGAGACAAAUGGAAAGAGGAAACGUUUUCUGGCUGAGAAUGAACCCAUGGUCUGUAUACCAAACCCAAUGAUUGGAUUUGGGCUUCCAAAUCAGAGGAUGUGUAUUGCAAAUAGAAAGAUACCUGACGCAGCUAUAGGUCCACCAUACUUCUAUUAUGAAAAUGUUGCCCUAGCACCAAAAGGUGUUUGGGAAAGAAUCUCACGGUUUUUGUAUGAUAUUGAGCCAGAGUUCGUUGAUUCAAAAUACUUUUGUGCUGCUGCCAGAAAGAGAGCAUAUGUUCACAACCUUCCCAUUCACAACAGAUUUCCUCUUCGUCCCACUCCUCCAAAAACCAUACAAGAAGCCUUCCCAAUGACACGGAAGUGGUGGCCUCCUUGGGACCCUAGGAAACAGUUCAACUGUCUGCAGACCUGUGUUGCUAGUGCAAAACUCACAGAGAGGAUUCGAAACGAGCUGGAGAAGUAUGGUGACUCACCACCUCAAAGAAUUCAGAAGUAUGUUCUUGAUGAAUGCAGGAGGUGGAAUCUUGUUUGGGUGGGGCAGCACAAGGUUGCACCGCUGGAGCCAGAUGAGAUUGAAAUGUUGUUGGGCUUCCCAAGGGAUCACACCAGGGGGGGAGGUACUAGCAGGACAGAAAGGUACAAGGCCCUAGGGAAUUCAUUCCAAGUGGAUACAGUGGCUUACCACCUCUCUGUAUUGAAGGACAUGUACCCAAAUGGAAUAACAGUAUUAUCACUCUUCUCGGGUAUUGGGGGUGCUGAGGUGGCUCUCCAUCGGCUGGGAAUACAUCUCAAGACUGUUGUUUCUGUUGAGAUUUCAGAUGUAAACAGAAACAUAAUGAAAAGUUGGUGGGUGCAGACAAAUCAAACAGGGCAACUCAUAGACCUUGCUGAUGUGCAAGACCUUAAUGGUGACAGGCUCGAGCAGAUGAUUAACACAUUUGGUGGGUUUGAUCUGGUUAUUGGUGGAAGUCCAUGUAAUAAUCUUUCAGGUAGCAACCGCCAUAGCCGUGAUGGACUAGAGGGUAAGCAUUCAUCACUUUUUUAUGAUUAUUUUCGCAUUUUAGACCUUGUGAAGUGUAUCAUGGGGAAGAACCUCUGAUAACUUCGGCUACACUUUCUUCUCUCUGGGUUAGUCAAAUCCAGUUGUAUGUUACAGCUGGGCACAGUGCAGCAGUUAUUGCCAUUUUGUUGGGAAAGGUGGUUUUGUGAUGUUGGAUCAGGCAAGGAAAGUCGAAAUAGGCCAUGUAGGGUGGUGCUUUCGUUGGGGAGUGGCAGGAGAACAUUUUUUAAAUGCUUGCCUCUGAUGAUUGAUGUGGAUUUUCUGAUAAGCUGCAAAGUGAUGUUGGCCAUCUAUUAAAAUGUUGAAAAUCCACCUGGAUAUUUUCACUUUGAUCCUUGACUUGCAAUGCAGAGGCAAAUUACAUUAGUUAUCUGUGUUAGCACAAAAUAAAUCAUAGCAUUUAAAUUUUGAAUGCUGAAAAAAAUUCCUGAAUAUUCAAUGUUAUCUCAUUAGCCAGGUGUUUCUCUAAAUUAUUCUCCAGCAGUUAAAUUGAUGGCAAUUAA